AUGCCGCACGCUGUUCACAUAUGCUUCGUCGUCGUACUUCUCUGUACGAUGGUCAAGGCUCAAUGGAUCACAGAGAAAAUUGUUGAAGGAAUUAUCGAUCGAGACGAUGAUUAUUGGGUUGUCAAAACUAAUGGAUUAGUGAAUCGUCCAAAUUUCCCGGCGUAUAUUCGUUUCUAUAAUACGCAUACACGCAAAAGUGAAUACGAAAUCGACGUUUCGAGAUCCGGUCAAAUUCUCUAUUACAAUCAACCACCACAAAUCAUUUUUCUAACAACAGGUCACUACUGGUCCGAAGGGGAUUCGUACUAUAUCACGCUCGAUGAAGGUGUACUCUAUUCGAAUGAGGUCGAAAACUCCACUGAAUAUUUAAGUCCGAAAUUCUGGCAAUUUCAAUGCGUUCGACCAAUGUACCAAGAAACCUGA